AAAUAAAUGACCCUCACCCCGGAAAUGCAUGAAAGAAUUGAUUUCUGUCCUCAGAUGUGGUGAAUCUAUCAAAAUCAUGUCUGCUAACAGGAGGAUAACGCUCAUAUUCGGAGGCUUCAUUGCAGCGGUUGCGGUGGCUUUUUAUCCCAUAUUUUUCCAUCCUCUCACUCACACUGAAGACUACAAGCAGAUCCAGAAGACAAACCGAGCCGGAGUCAAUCAAGCAGAUGUGCAGCCUGCUGGUCUGAAGAUCUGGUCUGAUCCCUUCAAGCCAAAAUCAUGAUUCCCGUGUGUGGAUUAAAGUUUAGUGAAUGAACAUGAGGACUGAUGUGAUGUCACUCACUGAGGAUGGAGUAUUUGAGAUAAACACUACUACCAUGCAUUAAAUGAGACUUUAUGGAUGUAUGAAUCUUCUGAGUAUGUAUAUUUUCUGUGGGAAUUAAAAUGAUUGAACCUAGAAUGACCCAAUAAAUAAUAAAAACUUUGUUAGUCAGCAUUUAAAAUAUUAUGUUCAUGAAUCACUUUGAAUAGUUGAACUAAUGUUGGUGUAUUAAUGGAUUCCUUUAUUUGUAUUCUAAAUAAAAUACGCAUAUUGAACUGUU